GUGCGCCUCAGUUCAAGGGUCCUACUGUCUCGGCUGACUGACAUCACACAAAACACGUGUGUUAGGAGGACGCAUGUUAGUACUGGAUCAGCUCUGCGAUCUAUUUGCCUUUUUAUUGCAAACGUUUUUAAUUUAGGGUUUGUCGAGUGAAAAAAGUCAACUCCGCUGUAAUGGGCGGAUUACAAAAGAAGAAGUAUGAGAGCGGAUCAGCAACUAACUAUGUCAGCAGGAAUAAAGCCCGCAAGAAGCUGAGUCUGAGUCUGGCUGAUUUCAGGCGGUUAUGCAUAUUAAAAGGAAUCUAUCCUCAUGAGCCCAAACACAAAAAAAAGGUCAACAAGGGCUCGACAGCACCUAGAACCUUCUACCUGCUGAAAGACAUUCGUUUCCUCUUGCAUGAGCCUGUUGUUGGCAAGUUCAGAGAGUACAAGAUUUUUGUGAGGAAACUGCGGAAAGCAUAUGGCAAGGCUGAAUGGAGCGGAGUGAAGAGAAUGAAAGAGAACAAGCCUGUGUACAAACUGGACCACAUCAUCAAGGAGAGGUAUCCCACAUUCAUUGAUGCUCUCCGAGAUGUAGAUGAUGCCCUCUCUAUGUGUUUCCUGUUUUCUACGUUCGCUCGCACAGGAAAAUGCCACGUUCAGACAAUUCAGCUGUGCCGGAGACUCGGCGUCGAAUGGAUGAACUACAUUAUUGACUUACGGUCCCUGAGAAAGGUGUUUCUUUCCAUUAAGGGCAUUUACUACCAGGCAGAGGUCCUGGGACAAACCAUCACAUGGAUCGUACCAUAUCAGUUUGCCCAUGAUCACCCUACAGAUGUGGAUUACAGAGUUAUGGCCACAUUUACAGAACUCUACACAACGCUGCUUGGAUUUGUCAACUUCCGCCUUUACCAGACUCUCAACCUUGUCUACCCGCCCAAGCUUGAUGGACAAGGAGAGUUCAACCUCAAAUCAACGUGUGAAGAAGAUUAUGCCCUGGAAUCAGAAAGCUAUUCUGAGAAACUGUCAGCGUUAAGUGCCAGUCUGGCCCGCACGGUUCCCUUAGUGGAGGACGAGGAGGCAGAGCCGGAUCAUUUCCCUGCUGAAGGGGAAGACCUGGAGACAAUGGAGGCGAGAGAGAAGAUCGAGCUGGAGCAAAACAAACAGAAGAAGCUCUUCGAAGGGCUGAAGUUUUUCCUAAACAGAGAAGUUCCCAGGGAAUCGCUGGCUUUUCUCAUCAGGUGUUUCGGUGGACAGGUGUCCUGGGAUAAAUCACUGUGCAUCGGCAGCACAUAUGAUGAAACAGACGAAAUGAUCACACAUCACAUUGUGGACAGACCCACCAUCAACAAACAGUACAUCAACAGGUACUACAUCCAGCCCCAGUGGGUGUAUGACUGUGUAAAUGCGAAGAUUCUGUUACCUGUAGAGGAAUAUUUCCUGGGAGUUACACUGCCGCCCCAUCUGUCACCAUUCGUGGAGGAGAGUGAGGGAGAUUAUGUGCCGCCUGAGAAACUCAAACUCUUGGCCCUGCAGAGAGGAGAGAAGCCACAGACGGAAGAAGAGGAGGAGGAGGAUGAAGAUGACGAAGAGGAAGAUGAUCAAAGUGAGGAAGAAGAUGAGUCUGAAGAUGAAGCAAAUUUAGCUGAAAUGGAGGAGAAGAGAGCUCAGGGAAAGAGGCUGUCAGUAAAGGUGACCCCUGGUAAAGUCAAACAAGAGAACCGCAUGCGAACCGAACAAGAGGAGAAAGCAGAGGAGAAGAGGCUGGCCAUUAUGAUGAUGAAGAAGAAAGAGAAAUACCUCUAUGACAAGAUCAUGUUUGGCAAGAAGAGAAACGUCAGAGAGGUAAGCCUGCUUAGAAAUAGAUGUCAUUUUACGAUCGUAUGUGCUUUCUUUUGUAAAUUUAAAAAUACAAUUGAAUGAAAACACACUCAUCUA